AUGCGGGACGACAGCCCCGAGCCGCCCCAGCAGCUUCCGCAGCAGCAGCUUCCGUCGCGGCCGCAGUCGGGCGGGCCCCUGCAAAGGGAGCCGAGCGGCGGCGACGCCAACGGCGGCGCCAGCGGCGGCGGUGCGGCGGGGGAAGAGUCAGCCAGCGUGUUCCAGCUGCCCUCAGCCUCCAAGCCUGCCGGGAAGGUCAGGAACAUCGACAAGAUGCUCGAGCAAUUGAAAAGGGAGCAGGAGGCGCGGGAGGAGCGCGAGCGGUGCAUCAGAGAGGGCCGCCCCCUGCCCCCAGGCGACCCCUUCGGCCCGGACGGCCGCGGCGGCGACCCGUUCGGCGACCGCGGCGGCGGGCGCGGCGGCGGGGGCUACGGCAUGGGGCCAGGCGGCAUGGGGAUGAUGGGCAUGGGGGGGUCGAUGGACGAGGGGGACCCGUUCACGACUAACCUGUACGUGGGUAAUCUGGCGCCGGAGGUUACUGAGCAGGUGGGCGUGUGUGGAGGGGGAGCGUGA